GUCGGCUGCCUUGUGGACAAAAUGUUCUUUCGGUUCCCUAGUAGCUCUGUGGUAACUCCUCGGGGCGUGUAUCACUGCUGAAAUGUUGUGUUUCGUCUCGCGGUCACGUUAAAUUGCCCAUCGUAGUCUUCAGGGUUUUGUAAGUGCCAAGCAAGAUGCCGAUCUAUGAAGGAAUAGGCAUGGUGGCCGAGAAAAACUCGGUAGUGUUUGACUUCGGACGCGCCUACACCAAGUGUGGCUUCGCGCGGGAACCGAGCCCCCGAUGGAUCAUACCAAGCUGCGUUCCAAUGGGUCGGAACAACCAGAUGCAGCCCAUCUGGAACUACUGGGCUCAGGAUGACCUCACUACCAUGCUCAAAGAGUUCAUGUACACCCUGUACUUCAGGCAUCUCUCGGUCAACCCCAAGGAUCGACGAGUGGUUGUCGUCGAGUCUGUGCUGUGUCCAACGUUGUUUCGCAACACAGUUGCGCAAGUGCUUUUCGAGCACUUUGAGGUUCCAGCCAUAGUUUUCGUGCCAUCGCAUCUCAUGGCCUUGUACACCCUUGGGAUCAACUCUGCGCUUGUCCUCGACUGCGGAUACUAUGAGAGUGUCUCACUGCCGGUUUAUGAAGGAGUCUGCAUCCUCAGUGCCUGGCAGGCCAUUCCUCUCGGGGGACUCGCCAUUCACAGGCGGAUAGAGUCUGAGCUCAUGGAGUUGGCAACAGUACGAGGCUCAUCCGACGGCGAGUUUUCCCUUGCAGAGGUGCUUACUGAUCCUAUCAGGGAGUCUGUUCUAGAAGACAUAAAAGUUCGCACUUGUUUUGUGACUACCCACGAGAGGGCGCUAAAGCUGCAAGUCUGGGGAUUCGCGAGGAGCAACAACGCCGAAGUCAUUCCGGAUCCUCCUCCCCCGCCACCAGAGGUCAAGUAUCCGUUGGACGGUGACAAAAUCAUCACCAUUCCGGGGACGCUAAGAGAAUAUGCAGCUGAGGCUCUGUUUGAAUUGGAUGGUGACAUGAAGUCCAUAGCAACGCUACUUCUGGAUUCCAUUUUAAAGGCUCCAAUGGAUUCGCGGAAGGUCCUGGCCCAGAACAUUGUGGUCAUGGGCGGGAGCUCCAUGAUGCCAGGUUUCAAGCACCGCCUUUCCCAGGAGCUGAAGAGCCUGGUCAAAGAUCCAGCGUACUCACGGAAGAUGAACAUGAACACGUUCAAGUUCCACAGCCCGCCUAGCAAAGAGAACUACACUGCCUGGCUUGGAGCUUCCAUCUAUGGCUCUACAGAUGCAGUAAACGUGCACUGCAUCACCAAGGACCAGUUCAUCACCAACAACCGGCACAUUCCAGACUGGUCAGACCAGGCUUGGCAGGCCCUGUCAAGCAAGUCAGCUUGAAAAGACUUCCCUCUCCGAGGACCAAAGAUGUGUCUGUUUCAUCUACCACGUGCACCUCUGUCGUCGGCCUCGAAACGCAGCUCCUUUCGCCAAACUGUGUCAUGCAAGUGCCGACGCAAUGGGAAAAGUUCAGCAACGUGUUUUCUGCGGUGAUCUGACGUGCGAGAAGUUUGCGGUGAAGGCAAAGCUGGCUUUAUUUUGGUGACUCUUGGCCCUUUUCGUCGUCGGCCCUACGUGUUGAAACUGGAGUUGCGGUUCUGUUGUGUUGUUCAUUUUAUGUUGAUGAAAGAAUCUGUUGCUCACUUGCAUCUCAUCAUAAUGGUGUCUGCAGUUU